GAUUACGACGCAUUGCAUAUCUCUCGUAUUUCCUUUCAGACGCGCAAAGGAGGAAGGGGGAGAGAGAUAAUGGGAUACAAGCUUUCCUGCUUUAAUGGCGAUCUCUUCUGAAUCCAAUCACUUGCAAUAAACUCACACAUAUACACAACUCCAACGAAGGACAUGGGUCACGAUCACCAUCUCAACACCAGCGAUGGCGUCUCUCACUCUCAGCGAGUCAAUAGCCCACGCUUCUCUGGCUCAAUGACUCGUCGAGCUCACUCAUUCAAGCGCAGCAACAACAACAACAAUGGCAACUCUCGAAGCUCCAUCGCCAAUAACGCUAGCACGAGUCUCGGUCCCCACUGUGAGAUUGAGCUGCAAACGAAUUCGCCCAGAUCGGAGAUUGGAUCAAGCCUUAUCGCAGCUGAAGUUUUGGAGCCUGUUUUGGAAAGAAAACACGCCUAUCAUGUGACACAGAGGAUCCAAGGUAGAGCCGUGAAGAGCUUUCUGAAUAAACCGAUUGAAUCCUUGGUCGUAGAUUUGGGCUUGAGGGAGAAGAAAAAGCUUGGGCACUGGAUGUUUAUUGUGUUCUGUGGGGUGUGCUUGUUUCUGGGUGUUCUGAAGAUAUGCGCUACUGGGUGGCUCGGAUCUGCCAUAGAAAGAGCUGAGUCGAGUCAGGAUCUAUCUGAUUCCAUGACUAAUCUAAAUCUGAUGCAACAAAGGACCCAUGAUCAUGGAUAUAGGGAGGAAGGAAAUGAUGUUGAACGAACCCUAAAGAUGUUAAAGUCAGGAGUAACUGGCAGCCAGUCUGCCAUCGCUGAAGAAGCAGGCAUCUGGUCCAUACACAACUAUGAGAAUUACACUCAAUGCAUUGAUCUACCAAGAAACCAUAAAAAGCUAGAUGCGAAGACAAAUGGUUACAUUCUUAUAAAUGCCAAUGGUGGCCUGAAUCAGAUGAGGUUUGGGAUAUGUGAUAUGGUUGCUGUAGCUAAGAUUUUGAAGGCAACACUAGUCCUUCCUUCCCUUGAUCAUACCUCCUACUGGGCUGAUGAAAGUGGCUUCAAGGAUUUGUUUGACUGGAGAUAUUUUAUUGAGAUGCUGAAGGAUGAUAUUCACAUAGUUGAGACAUUACCAGCAGACUAUGCGGGAAUUGAGCCUUUCGUAAAAACUCCAAUAUCUUGGUCUAAGGUACCGUAUUACAGAAGUGAAGUUCUUCCCCUCCUAAAGCAGCACAAAGUGGUCUAUUUUACUCAUACUGAUUCCAGGCUUGCUAACAAUGGUAUUUCAAAGUCCAUACAGAAAUUGAGAUGCCGAGCCAAUUACAGAGCAUUGAAAUAUUCAGCACCAAUUGAAGAACAUGGCAACAUGGUGAUAUCUAGAAUGCGGCAGGAUGGCAAUCGUUAUCUUGCACUUCAUUUGAGGUAUGAGAAGGAUAUGCUUGCAUUUACAGGCUGCAGUCACAAUUUGACCGCAGAAGAAGAUGAAGAACUGAAGCAGAUGCGAUAUGAAGUCAGUCACUGGAAAGAGAAAGAGAUUAAUGGGACCGAGAGGCGAUUGCUUGGAGGAUGUCCGUUGACUCCAAGGGAAACUUCCCUGUUGCUUAAAGCACUGGGUUUCCCAUCCAGCACUAGGAUUUACCUUGUGGCCGGAGAAGCGUAUGGAAGUGGAAGUAUGAAAUAUCUUGAGGAUGAGUUCCCCAACAUUUUCUCCCAUUCCUCUCUGUCCACUGAGCAGGAGUUGGAACCUUUCAAGAAUCACCAAAACAUGUUGGCUGGCAUAGAUUAUGUUGUUGCCCUUCAGAGUGAUGUGUUUCUUUAUACUUAUGAUGGAAAUAUGGCGAAGGCUGUUCAAGGUCACAGGCGCUUUGAGAACUUCAAGAAGACCAUCAAUCCUGACAAGAUGAAUUUGGUUAAACUUGUUGAUCAGCUUGAUGAAGGGAAAAUUUCUUGGAAGAAGUUCAGCUCCAAGGUGAAAAAGCUUCAUGAAGACCGUAUUGGGGCUCCACAUCCUAGAGAGCCUGGGGAAUUUCCGAAGCUGGAGGAAAGCUUUUAUGCAAAUCCUCUGCCAGAUUGUAUUUGUGAAACAUGAUAAGUGUGGAAAGACUAGAACAACGAUCUUGGUUUGUCAGAAAUGAACCACAGAAGAGGAUUGAAUUGAUAACUUGAUGAACCGAUGGCAACAUGAAUGUUCAAAAGCUGGAAGUUAUCUGGUAAGGUGCCAUGGACUGUCCUAUCUGUUGGAGAUGAGAUUAAUACAAGGGACCAGAGAAGAUAAAACUAGUGGCCGGCCGGCCAAGUACACCUCUGUUCUUAACACACACACGGAAUCAAACAUUUUUUCUAACCACGCUUGAAUCAAGGCUUUAUUCUGCCUUCUAGCUUAUUUUUUUCUAAUUAUAUUUUAUAUGAUGGCAGUUGAUGCUAAGACGGAUAUGUUAUUCAGGUCAAAAAUAAAGACUGAUAUGUUAUAGUAUAAAAUAUCAAUAAGAAAAUAUUGUGAUUUAUUUAGCUUCCGAA